AGGGCUGGGGGAGGGAAGGUGCUUUGCUGGAAACCACUUCCCGGGGAAAACAGGGUGGGGAGUAAAAUGGCUGCCCCCAUCCAGCUCGCAGAUGUGACCGUGUAGUGGAGACCAGUGCAGCAGCUGGUGCAGCCUCUUGUCCUUUGCACGCUGCUUUUGCACGGUUGUUGGUGUUUAUGGGGUUGCCUCGGUGAGGUGCCCGCUUCCCAGGGAGUCCACCCACCCUCCAUGCAUGCCCUGCACCUUGCAAAUGUAGCCUUGCCUUGGGUGCAAGAGCAUGAACAGAGGGAUUUCCCUGCUGAGAGUCCUGCCUGUCACUUUGCUCCCACGUGCAAAAAAGGCGCCGUCUUUGCAGACGCCAGAUGUUGCUGGUGUGUUUUGAAGCUUUAAGGGGUUGGCUUUGUGCAGGGUGCAAUCGGGCCCAUGGGGAACGUGUUUUACCCUGCGCCCGUCCUGCACAGGGGGCCACGCCGAGAGGAGCCUCUGGCUAACCCGGGCAGUUUUGAUGAGCUGCACAGGAAAUGCAAAGAAGUUUUCCCUCAGCAGAUGGAAGGGGUCAAGCUGAUCAUUAACAAAGCCCUCAGCAGCCAUUUUCAGGUGUCCCACACCAUCCACAUGAGCACAAUUGGGCAGUCAAAUUACCACCUAAAUGCCACAUUUGUCGGGGAUCAACAGACCAGUCCCACAGAGGCCUUUCCGACCCUCAUUGGGGAUCUCAACACCGCUGGAAAUCUCAAUGCUCAGGCGCUGCUUCUAUUGGCAGAGCGAAUCCGGACGAAGGCUGUCUUCCAGACCCAGCAAUCCAAAUUUGUGACUUGGCAGUUUGAUGCCGAAUACCGGGGCAAUGACUACACGGCCACCCUGACGUUGGGCAACCCGGAUUUGAUCAGCGAGUCGGUUAUUGUCGUUGCACACUUCCUGCAGAGCAUGACUUCGCGAUUGGUUCUAGGGGGUGAACUGGUCUACCACCGGCGGCCAGGUGAAGAAGGGGCCAUUGUCACAUUGGCCGGGAAGUAUACAGCUCUCAAAUGGGUAGCCACGCUUAACCUCGGCUAUGGUGGGGCUCACGCCAGCUACUACCACCGAGCCAGUGACCAGAUACAAGUGGGGGUAGAAUUUGAAGCUAGCACGCGACUGCAGGAUACGAGCUUUGCUUUUGGUUAUCAACUGACCCUUCCUCAAGCGAAUAUGGUUUUCAAAGGUUUCUUGGAUAGUAACUGGUGUGUGGGGGCCGUGCUGGAGAAGAAGCUGCCGCCUCUGCCCGUCACCCUGGCCUUGGGCGCCUUCCUGAACCACUGGAAGAAUCGGUUCCACUGCGGCUUCAGCGUCAUCGUUGGCUGAGAGCUCUGGGACUUGUCUCGGUGGGGAGGGACGCCGCUGGGUCCAGCCAUUGCCGAACUGAUUGGUACGGCUGGCCCAGCUGUGUGUGAGUGUGGUGGGCCGGUUCACCACAAGACUUGCACGUGGGGUGGGGAUUUGGGGCACGCCACGCCCUCCCCUGUGGAGCCUUUGCGUGGUGUCCUGCCAGAAUGGGGCUUUCCAGUCAGCCUACAAAAAGACGGCGGGUGCUCAAAGGGACGUCAAAAAGCGACUGUGGAUUGCCCCUGUCCCGAUCGGCAGGGUACCAACUUUGCGGCGGGAGAUGUGGCAGGAGACAGAAUGAUGUCCUCCGAUUCCCGCCCUCAUGGAUGUCUUCCUGCCUUCGUUCGCUGGGGAUCGGAGGAUGCCGACCUCACAGAAUCAAUGUUGUUUCUACGUCGGACCGGUGCCGGAGUUCGGGAUGUGGGAGAGAGGCUGUUUAUCUCCCCUCCUAUCACGCUACGAUUGGUUUGUGGGUGCUGUGUACCCCCCUCCCCCCUGAAAUGGUUGCUGAUUCCGUGUAUGAUACCUUGGAACGUGAUUAAAAUCAUACUGGAGACUA